ACCAGCGGGCGCAACAAAGUGCAAAACAACUCUAGAAAAUAAAUAAAUAGCAGAGUAGCGAAAGAGAAACAAAACAGAAACUAAUUAUGGCGGAUAAAGUAAAUGUGUGCAUUGUGGGCUCCGGCAAUUGGGGUUCGGCGAUAGCGAAAAUUGUGGGCGCCAAUGCUGCUGCACUGCCCGAAUUCGAGGAGCGGGUGACGAUGUUCGUCUACGAGGAGAUGAUUGAUGGAAAGAAGCUCACGGAAAUCAUCAAUGAGACGCACGAGAAUGUCAAAUACCUGAAGGGACACAAGCUGCCACCGAAUGUGGUGGCCGUGCCUGAUCUUGCGGAGGCUGCCAAGAAUGCUGAUAUACUCAUUUUCGUAGUGCCUCAUCAGUUCAUUCCCAAUUUCUGCAAACAAUUGCUGGGAAAAAUCAAGCCAAAUGCCAUUGCCAUAUCUUUGAUCAAGGGCUUCGAUAAGGCCGAAGGAGGCGGCAUUGAUCUCAUUUCGCAUAUAAUCACGCGUCACUUGAAAAUACCAUGUGCUGUCUUGAUGGGCGCCAAUUUGGCCAAUGAAGUGGCUGAGGGCAACUUCUGUGAGACGACAAUCGGUUGCACGGACAAAAAGUAUGGCAAGGUGUUGCGUGAUCUUUUCCAGGCGAAUCAUUUCCGUGUGGUCGUCGUAGACGAUGCCGAUGCCGUCGAGGUUUGCGGCGCUCUCAAGAAUAUUGUGGCCUGCGGUGCGGGCUUUGUCGAUGGCCUGAAACUGGGCGACAACACUAAGGCGGCUGUAAUUCGAUUGGGUCUGAUGGAAAUGAUUCGCUUUGUGGAUGUCUUCUAUCCAGGAAGCAAACUGUCGACCUUCUUUGAGAGCUGCGGUGUGGCGGAUCUCAUUACGACGUGUUAUGGUGGUCGCAAUCGUCGCGUCUCUGAGGCUUUUGUCACUUCGGGCAAGACCAUCGAGGAACUCGAAAAGGAAAUGUUAAAUGGCCAAAAACUCCAGGGCCCACCCACUGCCGAGGAAGUCAAUUAUAUGUUGAAGAACAAGAAACUGGAGGAUAAAUUCCCCCUGUUUACGGCCAUUCACAAGAUAUGCACAAAUCAGCUUAAGCCUAAAGAUUUAAUUGAUUGCAUACGCAAUCAUCCCGAGCAUAUGGAUACGUCCAUCUUGCCGUCGCCAAAACUCUAAAAAAUCCCACCACACACACC